CAAGCGUAAUUCCAUGAGAAUUUCAUAGAUUUUCGUAAACAAAACAAAAGUUCUCCGGAUAGAUGGCCACCUGGACGCAAAAUGAGCCGACAGGUGUCACCAAGCGCAGGCGUUGGAAUCUGGAAGCAGAUCGCGCCUCGCUGAACAAGCUGAAGCACCACAUUGCAGAGGAGGGCUGUCCACAGGUGCAGUACGAUCUGGCCAAGGAGCUGCUGGAGAAUGCCAUUGAACCAAAUCUUGCCAAGGGCAAUCAGAACCAGAAGGCCGUCAAUUGGCUGGUGAGUGCUGCCCACAAUGGACACGAGGAUGCGGCGAAGCUGCUCCGGCAGUGCUACGAAGAAGGCAGUGGCAUCACAGCGGACAACGCGGACGAGGUGCGACGCUGCCUGGCCAUGACGCCGGGCGAGCGGGCGGCGAGAAAAGCAGCCCGGGAGCUCUUUGCCUGCCUGUCAAAUGGCAACGAGCACAUCACGCCUAAGCAGCUGGAACGCAAGAUGCGGCGCAUCUACAACCUGCAGCGUAAGCGCCGUCGACGCGACGAUGAUCGCUCCUCGUCGAGCAGCGAAGGAGAGCAAGAACAGGAGCCAGAAUGCGAGCCACUUGAAGACACCCCAGCAAGCGGACUGGCCAACGUGGAGCGACGUCGCUUCAUCACCGAAGCCAACUUGGUGUCGGCUGCCUCAAACUACAGUGCCGGCCAGAUGCCGAGCGUGAACGAGGCCCUCACAUUGUCCGUGCCGGAUCCAAGGAGCCUGGAUCACGUGCCAUGCUUCUACCGUAUGAUCUUUCACCCGCUCGUCUUCUUCACCCUAUUUUACCACCGUCUGCUCAACCUGAUUGUGUCCAUACCCGUCGUUAUCCCGCUAAGUGUGCGCUGCAGUGUCCUCAUGGCGCUUUCCUGGUGGAGCACCCGCCACACGCUGGCCCUGGGCAGCUAUUACCUCAGUCUCGGCGUCAUGAUUUGGGCCACCUGCAAGAUGCUAAAGACCAAGCAGCAGUUCGUGGACUUCCGGAUCUGGUCGGGUCUGUUCCUCAGCUAUGGGGACAACAACAUCGAGGCGGACAUUGCCGAGCAGAGAUUCCUGCGCAACAACAUGAAGCCGUACCUGUACUACUUCUGUGCCUUCAUCUGCAACCUGAUCGUGUAUCCGUUGGUGACCGACGCCUGGCUGCCGCACUCGGAACUGACCAUUGUGUCCGGAGCCCUGACCUUCCUUACAAUGGGCGUCUCCAUGUACGCGUCGUCCCAUUUGUUUCCCGAUUGGCUGGUAAUCGUUUCCUUUGCCGUAAAUGUGCUGGCCAAGUACCCGUACGAGAUGGACGAAGUGGUCUCUUCCCGUUGGCGCUUCCUCGACCUGCGUGUGCCCACCUUCUCCUCCUUCGUCAUCGGGAAUGGGAUCGAGUUCUGCCUGAACUGCCGCACCGCCUUGUACCUCUUCAUUCCCCUGCUGCUGGUGAUGAUGGCCAAGCGAUCCCGCUGGCACGGCGUCUACACAUACCUCAUACCGCACUGCGUCACGCUCAGCUGGCUACAGGUGAGCAUUGCCACCUCGCAGAGCGCCACCAUGUUUGGAGUGGUGCGGGCAGCCCUUGGCCUGGCCGGCAUCGUUCUUUUCCUGCCACUGUUCGGUAUUGUGGCACUCCUGGUGCCCGUCUUCAUGGCAAUCGACAGCUUGGGCCUGGCCAGCGAACAACUGCGCUGGGGCAGCACAGCGAUCGCCUGCGGGCUUGUAGUGGUGCUAUCCUGCGUCCUGGCCCUCAAUCGAGCCACCCAGAAGUACAUAACGAUGUUGCAGAUUAUUAUGGCCAUCACCACUGCCUGCUUGCUGGUGUUCCCCUACAUGACAUCCAGCUUCAAGGACACGCCCCGUUUCAAUGCCAUGCCCAGGGUGGGUCUGCACGCCCUCUCGGAAGCGGAUACGCUGCAUUGGAAUCGCUUCCAUUCGCUUUGCGCCCAGCCGGUCCGCGAGCAGCCGAACAAGAUCAAGGCCCAGCUGCGCUGCUCUCAUCUGAAUGGGCUGCCCGUCACUUGGGAGGGCAGCAUCGGCAAAGUGGAGAUCUCGAGGGUGUCCAAUGUACUGGAGGACGUCAUAACCAACUACCUGCCCGUGUGGCUGGGCCGUCUGCUGAGAUGCGUGCACGGCGAGAACAUCUCUCAGCACUUCAAGUGCGAUCCGAAGCUGGACUCUCAGUGCGAGGAGUGGCGGAGUGUGAUCAAGACGCUGAAAUCGCAGAGCGGCAGCUGCACGCUGCAGCGUUGGAAUCGCUACGAGUACGAGGUGCUGGUCAAAGUGGACAAUGGCAAGGGAAGUCGUCUGCUAGGCCGACCCAUCUCCACCGAUGUGGUCCUGCGGGCUCACCAUGACUUUGGAAACUUCACCCGACGCCUGAAUGAAGGCGAUGUUGUGCGAUUCUACGGAACUCUGCACAAUUCGGGACUUUUAGCGAACAGAGUUCAGGUGCUGCUGAAGACCAUUGAGUGCGUGGAUUGCCAUUCUCCCAGUCUGGGCACGGCGAGCAUUGAACGAGCCAUAGCCUCCUCACCGAUGGACGCUCGUCUCCAGGAUCUGAUGAGGGGUAUCAAGUAUUUGUUAAACGCAUUGUUAAAUCCUUUAAUAACAUUUAAGUAAACCCACAGAAUUAAAUCAAAGUCAAGGAUAGUGAGUUGCUUGGCUGGCAAAAACAA